AUGCGCCAGCAGUCCCGCCAGGGUGGGGGGGCUCAACGGGUUGAACAACAACACAGCCGGGGCAAAUUAACAGCGAGGGAAAGGCUGACCCGCCUGAUGGAUGAGGGUACCUUCCAGGAGAUUGACUCCUUUGUCACCCAUCGGACUACAGAUUUCGGAUUGGCCGAUCGCAAGUUUCUUGGCGACGCGGUGGUCACCGGUUACGGACGGGUGGAUGGUCGGCAGGUCUUCGCCUACGCCCAGGACUUUACUGUGUUUGGCGGUUCGCUUUCAGAGGUUGUGGGCGAAAAAAUCUGCAAAGUGAUGGACCUCGCCGGGAAAACCGGUUGUCCGUUGGUGGGUAUCAACGACUCGGGUGGUGCACGCAUCCAGGAAGGAGUUAUGAGCCUGGGCGCUUACGGUGACAUUUUUCUCCGAAACACUCUCUAUUCUGGAGUCGUACCUCAAAUCUCGGUCAUCAUGGGGCCCUCGGCUGGCGGGGCCGUUUACUCGCCGGCCAUUACAGACUUCAUUUUCAUGGUAAAGGGCACCGGACAGAUGUACAUAACUGGCCCUGACGUAGUUAAGGCGGUGACCGGGGCCGAAGUAACUCACGAGGAAUUGGGCGGCGCCACUUCUCAUGCGACCCGCAGCGGGGUAGCCCAUUUCGUUUUCGAUAGCGACGACGAAUGCCUGGCCGAAGUCCGGAGGCUGCUGGGUUUUCUCCCCUCCAACAAUUUGGCGGACCCUCCGCUGAUUACCCGGGGCGACCCGGUGGACCGAAUUGACCCGGACUUGCGAUACCUUGUCCCUGACGAACCAAAUCGCCCCUACGAUAUCCGUGACUUAAUCUAUCGAAUUGUGGACAUUGGUGGCGAAGAGGAACUGGAAGAAGUCCCCAUCGAAGAUUUCAUGGAGGUCCAGGCAGAUUUUGCCCCAAAUGUCGUAGUUGGGUUCGGGCGAUUCAAUGGCAGCACGGUGGGAAUUAUCGGAAACCAGCCUUCGUAUCUUGCCGGUGUUUUGGACAUCGACGCCUCUUCCAAGGCGGCCCGCUUCGUCCGAUUCUGCGAUUGUUUCAAUAUACCUCUGGUGACCCUGGUUGAUGUACCGGGCUUCAUGCCAGGAGUGGACCAGGAAUAUGGCGGCAUAAUACGGCACGGCGCCAAGCUUAUUUAUGCGUAUGCGGAAGCUACAGUGCCCAAGGUUAGCGUAAUUAUCCGCAAGGCAUACGGUGGGGCCUACAUUGUAAUGAGCAGCAAGCACCUGCGCUCCGACAUCAACCUGGCCUGGCCUUCGGCGGAGAUCGCUGUUAUGGGGCCGGACGGUGCGGUUAACAUUAUUUAUCGGGAUGAAAUCUCCAAGGCUGAGGACGCUGAGGCCAAGCGGAAGGAAUUGAUCGCCGAUUACCAGGAGAAGUUCACUAACCCUUACAUUGCCGCGGCCCAGGGAUUCCUGGACGAUGUAAUCGAUCCGGCGGAGACCCGAGCGCGCAUAAUUGGUGCACUGGAUAUGCUCCGCAAUAAGAGGGACAGCCUACCGGCCAAGAAACAUGGAAACAUACCUUUGUAG